AUGAAACCUGCAAUUAACACUCUGGACGGAAAAUUUCAAAUAAAAUUGAUAUCUUUUCCAAAACGUAAAGUCACCUAUUUAUUAGAGAAUCACAUUGAUCCUUCUAGUAUUGAUUUGUAUAGUGACUGGAUAUCCGAGGCCACGAAUUUUACAGAAAACCCUCUAACUGACGAAUCGCCUACAAAUGAUAUUUAUCUCGAAAUAAGGUAUCCCAAAGAAGAAUUGAUUUUUGAAAAUGAGACAAUAAAACCAUCCAAGGAGCUGAUAAAGAAAGUGACUGAGGCACUAGAUAAUACCGAUACCUAUUCAGAAUUAAUGAAUGUUUUUAGAACAUACGGGCAUUUAAUACCUAAAAAAGUUAUACGCGGACAUAAAUUAUAUCAAAUGAAAUGUUCAAUCGUAGACAAAAAUUUACCAAGAUUUAAUAUUAAUGAAGAAGAUUUAUCAAUCGAAUGUGAAAACGAAAAUAUCUUGAGUAAGUGGGAAAGCCUCGCAGAACAAUACGGCUUUGAUAAAUCAUAUUUAGUGUCUAUUGAUGGUAAUAUCGUUAUGAGAGAUAAACUUAAAGAAUGGGCGGAUGAAUCUUCAAAAGGUGAUUCUAACCUUAAAAUUGAUGAUAAAUUAAAUUAUAAUCAAUCAAAUACUAAGGAAAGGGUACUUAUGAUUGGAGUAAUACCAAUAAAAAAUUAUACAAAUUAUUUCCGCGUAAACUUUUCUACACCUUUACGUUCUAGCAAUUAUCGAAUAUUUGGAAAAGUUAUGACAGAACGUGGAGAACUAAACAAUGAAAAUAUUGUAAAAUUUCAAUCUAUGGAUAUAAAUGGAUUUACAGCAAAUUUUGAAAUUGGCAUCGAAGAAUUAACUAAUCUACAGAUUACUUGGUUGUUAAUCGGAAAUCCAAUUGAAAUAAGACAUUAUAGCAAAGAUGCCCGAAAUAUUCGUGUUUUAUAUUCUGGUGAAACACCAUUUCCAGAUGAUAAUAAUUGGAAUAUUUCAUUAAAAGUAACAAAUAAUCUUCCAAUAGGUUCAAUUCUUGUUACUUCAUUUACACAUUCUCCGUCAAAUUAUGAUCCAAAUUUCAUAGCCGAAGUUCAAUAUUAUUAUGAUCAAGAAAUUAUAAUUACUGUACGUGAUCUUGAACAUGAUUUUGGAAGUAAUAACAAGGCUACUCAUGAUGAAAAAAUACAAGAACAAACUCUCGAACAAGUACCUUACAAUGAUCAAGAAGAAUAUGUUGAGUUUAUUAGGAAUCUGGAAUGUAAAGUUCAAUGGUGCAUUCUUAUUAUUCCAGAAAAUCUGAAAUUAGAUAAUAUGUACUGCUCCCCUAUAACGACAGCUCAUUUGAAGGCAGCAGGUCAAAUUAUUAGCAAUGAUUCAUUAAUUUUAGAUUUGAUAAAAUUUCAAAAACUUGAUAAUGGUUUGAUUAUCAACAAUGAACGAACAUUUUUUACCAAAUCUUCAGUGUGCAGAUUUAAAAAACAACCCUCAAUUGAAUUUUCUAAAGGCACAUCCUUUUUAGUAACAUCAAAGAAAUCUAUAGAUUCAUUUUUGUUAAAAAAUCAUAUUAAUCCGGUCAUAUUCGAUAAUAUUGCGAAAUUUAUAAGAAACAUUCUAUUUUGUGAGUUACCCACCAAUGAUAUUUAUCUCGAAAUACAAUGUGUACAAGUUGAAUUAAUUUUUGAAAAAGGAACAAUAAACCCAGCUGAAGAAUUGAUUGAUGCAAUUAAAAAUGCUUUGAAAAACAAUAAUCCUUAUUAUAAUUUAAUGGAAGUAUUUGGAAUUUAUGGUCAAUUUUUACCAAAAAAACUCAUUUUCGGACAUAAGUUAAAUAGAAUGUUAAACUUAGAAAUAAAUGAUGCUUCGAUAACAACAAAUAGCAAUAACUUGUCAAUUCUUAAAUAUUUUCAGACAAAUGAUGAAUUUGAACAUAUUUUAGAUGAAUGGGAAAAUAUUGUAAAGCCAUACAAUAUUGAUGCAUCUUAUUUAUUAUCUAUUGAUGGUAAAGUAGUAAAAAGAGACAAACUUAGAGAAUGGAUGGAUUCUUGCUUAAAAUUAGAUCUUAGAUCAUUACAAUUAAUUAGCUGGUGUGAUUUAUAUCCAAUUUAUGAAACAUUUGAUGACUCUCUUUGUCAAGAAGUCAAAUAUGUUCUUGCAGUUAAAGAAAGGGUACUCAAUUCAGGAGUUAUACCAAUUGAAGAUAAUAUCCAUUCCUAUACCGUAAAAUUCUCUAUUCAAUUGCGUGCUAAUAAUUAUAAAAUUUUUGGAAAAGCUACAGCAUCAAAUGGAAAUUUAACAGACCAAAUAAUUAUUAACAAAACAUUCAGAGAUUUGAAAAUAAAUUGGAUUAUGGUCGGGAUACCUGCCGAGGUUGGAUUUUUCAGUGUUUACACACGAAACAUUGAGAUUUUGUGCACUGGUAAAACUUUGUUCGUACCAGCAAUAGAUAAAGAUAAUUGGGAAACUCUCUUAGAAGUUUCUGAAAGUCUACCAAUAAAUUCAAUAAUUAUUACCGGUUUUAUAUAUCCCUUAUCAAAUUUCGAACCAACUUUUUUAGCCAAUAUUCAAUACUAUGAAAACAAUAAAAUUAGUCUAAAUAUAAAAAAUUUAGGAUUAAGCAAUGAAAAAGAUUCCAUCAUUGAUAGUGACCGUGAAAGUUAUAGUGACCUUUCUACGACUUUAUAUUCUGAAAGUGAUGAUAAAAGUAAAAUAUCCAUUAAAAGUCUCAAUUGUGAACAGAAUUAUUUACUUGAAUGGUAUAUUAUUCAUACAAAAAAUCCGGAAACUAUGACACAUUUGAAGGCAAUAGGUCAGGAUAUUAAUACUAGGAAAUCUGAAGGUCAAGAUAUUAAUACAAAGAAAUCUGACUUGGAAUUCAAAAAUACAAAAGUUUUAGAGGAUAAUAAAGAAAUUCUUUCUUCAGAAAAGAACAUACUUAUGGACCAACCAAAAAUUCCAUUAAAGCAAGACAACAAGGCUGUAUUUCAAGAGAUUAAUAUUAUGCAAAUUUCAGAAGAUAAAAAAUUCUCUUGGAAAACUAUGUAUGAUAAGCUUCCUAAUCCAUUCCGACGAAAUAAUAACUCAUCUAAUGAUGACCAUUUAGUUGUCAUAAUUAAAAAAGUCGACAAUUGUGGCAACAAUGAGAGUUUUAUUCGUAAAAUACGUAAAAAAACAACACUUGGGAUGGUCCGAGAGUUUUUAGAAGAUGAUGAAUUAGGCUUAGGAACAAAUUUUUAUUUUCUAAAAAAAAAUUUAGGGCGUAUCUUACGUUGUGAUGAAUUUAAUUUUAAUCUGGAAGAUGUUUUGGAGAUCAACAAUGAUACAUAUAUUCUGCAUAUUGAGCAUGAAAUUGAUUUAAUGUUAACACAAUUAAUUGCUAUGUGUGAUGGUGGUUUCAUAUAUAGUGGAAAUCAAAUUCAAAAGGCUCCUAAAAAAGCAUUCAAGAUUAAUUUGAGUCAUAUUGAAAUUAUGAAGUACAAUCAAUACUCUGAAUCCAAAUAUACGUGCAAUAGUGAAUUGGAAGCUUUAUGUAAACAAAACUUUAUGCAAGAUGAUUUGUCCUGUCUUUUUAGUCUUUUUGAGAUAUCACAAGAAUCUUCUAAAAAAGAGACCAAAAGUUACAAAACAAUUCAUGCUAAGAAGGCGCAAAUUUUUAUACCACCAUCAGGUAUUAUCCCAACUGAAAGUUUUAUAAAUGAUGUUCAACACGCCUUAAUGGAUUCUUCUGAUAAAAUAAAAAGUAACCUUUUUGAAAUAUCAAAAAUUUAUGGCUAUUUUUAUGCAAAUCAAAUUGAUUUUGGUGGCGCAGUCCAUGAAAUUAUAACAGAACAUUCCAAAUUAAGUGCAUCAAUAGAACUUGGGAAUGCAAAAUUUUCUAGUAUCAAUGAAAAUAUUUCUAGUACUGGUAACUAUAAAAUAAUUAUUGGUGGAAAACAUGAAAUCUAUACAACUGACUUUGGAGAAUGGGUUAAUUCUCUUAGUGAUUUUCAAACAUGGGGCAUAAUUGGAUAUAAUAAUAUUCACUCAAUAUUUGAUUCGCUGGAUUAUAAAUUGCGACUAAAAGUUUUAGAAGCUUUUGGGCAGAGAAUCUUAGCAGCACGAACUGAAAAUAUUCAAUUUAGAUUAUAUAAAGAUAGGAAAAGUCCGCAUGUAUAUACGCUUAAUAUACGUGAUAUACCUCAUUAUACUAGAAAUUGCCAAAUCUUUACUUCAAUAAUGACAGAAAAUGAACAAAAUAUUUUUUCAUCACAUGUAGAAUAUAUUUAUGACAAUACCCCUGUUGUCGUUAUUCAUCAUAUUGACAGCAAUGAAAAAUCAAAGAAUAAAAUAUACCCAAUUCAAUUAGCCUGGGUUGUAACUGGAUAUCCGAAUAACUUUACUUUUGAUUCGAAUCAUCUUCAUUUGACAUUUCAAAGUAAAGAAUAUUCAAAACCUCAAAUUCGUUUUAAUGGAUAUUUAUUUGAUAUUCCGAACUGCAGAAAAGAUGAAUGUAUACUAGCAACAUGCAUUUUGGAUAGGACUUUAGAUUCUUUAGAUCUUUCAAGUUCUUAUAAGUUCGGAUUUGCGAUUAGCACUCACUUUUCUCUUUCCAGUAAUUCUGCAUAUGUUUCUAUUUAUGAUAUUGAAAACAACAAACCAAUAACUGACUGUUAUUUUUCAGAAAUAUUGAAAUUACACAUCUGUAUAAUUGGAAAUAGUUUCACUAAACACGAAGAUUGUUUCGGUAAAAUUAAUAUUACCUCGAGUGAUAAACUAAAACUAAAAAUCUUUUCCAGAAGUAAUAUUUUAACUACUAAAUUAAAGGAUAUACAAAAUGUUAUUAGUAAAAAUAUCGAUACUAAAAAUGGAAAAUUUUCAUCUCCAUUAUUCAUAAGUCAAUUCCUUGGCGAUUUGAAUUUUGGUAAAUAUCACGGAGCAAUUAAUAUUACUCCAAGAUCUAUUAAUUUUGGUUCUUUAGACAACACAAGCAAAAUGAUAAAGGAAGCUCAAAUUUCGUAUUUUUGUUUAUCUCGAGAUUUUUACAAUUAA